AGUAGGUCGUCGUCGCAACUUGAAUAAUAACUGACUACCGAACCAAAACACAUACAUACUCAUCCUUGCCGGCAGACAAACGGACGCUCCUGACUUCCUGGCACACAAUAAGAAAAAAAAAACAAAAAGAAAAAAUCGAAUUCUAAAUUCAAAGUGUUUCCCGCCAAAAUUUGACAGUUCAGGUUAAGCAAAGGCAAGAGUGUUCAGCCUAGGUUUUGCUAUCAGUGUAUUUGCACGUUUGACAUAAAAGCUUUAAGGGCUUGAAACUUUGUUGAAUAAAUAUCUAAGUUCUCUUCAAGAAGAGGACUGCAGAGCAAAAUAUAAAACUUCCCUCAAUAAAAAAGUUAUGAUCAGUGCAAAAAUGAAUAAGAAAUUGGUGGUAGUGUUGUACCUGUGCGUUGCAUCAGUGUGCAGCGCGCCUAUGCAGCUGCCGUACUUUCCUAUGCAGUAUGGGUUACAACCGCAGCUUCCAUUCCUGAGGCAGAUGGUACCGAAUAUGCAGGCGCCGAACAUGUACCCCCAGCAGCAGCCACUGGUCAUAGUCAUACCCAAUCCGGCCGCUGCACCAAACGCAGAAACUGAUGACAGAUACGUAAACCUAAACGAACAAAUCACUAACAAUCUAAAAUCUAACACAGGACACAUAGACGAGAACAAAGAUGCUGUAGUUGUAGACGCCAAUCCAAAAAACCCGGAAACACAGCCUAAAAACGCAAUAGUAUACCUACCAGAAGAAGGCAGAUUUUCGUUAGGCCAGAUUAUAUCAUACAUUCCUUUCUUGCCAAUAGAAAUAAAUGUGCCAGAUACCAUAUCUUGGAUCGGACAUCUGAUAUCAGGAGGAUUGUUUAGACCUCAGGGAGGGAUGAAGACACUUGGAAAUAAGGGUCAGAUGCCAAUUAUAGUGAUGCCGUACCCUGCACCUGUGCCUCAGAUGCCUUACCAAGGACAAAUGCCGGCGAUGAACCAAUAAGUAUUGAAGUUCUAAAGUGUGGAAGACUGAUACUGAAUUGUUAAGAAGUGUUGGUGGCUAAAUAGCUGCUGUAUUGUAGAUAGCAGUGAAACCCGAUAAGGGUAGUGUUUAAGCCUUCGCGCACACUGCAGACUAUUUAGUCGGCCCUUGAUAGGAAACAA